AUGCAGGGCCAGCUAAUGUACAGGGGCACCUUCAUUCACUUCGAGCCCGACGAGCCAGAGGUGGACUGCCGAUCUUCCAAAAUGCGGUCAUGCAGCGUUCCGCCGGGAUGCUGCGAAGAUUGCGAAGCUUUGGAGCACGACUGGAAGAAGAAGAACAUCGCUCUGAAGAAGUAUGUCGGCAGCUUGCUUGCUUGCAGGCAGGCUACGACUCCCAGGGACAGGGAGCCUCAAGAAGCGCAGCCCGAAGCGGGCGAGCUUCCAUGUCAGUGUCUUGACGAGGACUCCAGCCCGGAAGCGGAUGCUCCCGAGAUGCCCAGCCGGGGCGAGAUUCCAUGUCGGAAUCUUGUCGAGGCCUCCAGCCGGGAAGCAGAUGUUCCCGAGAUGCCCAGCCAAGGAAGUUUGGGCCACCCCGGAACAUGCCGACGUCCAUGUGUGCACAUCGCCAAGGCUGGUUGGUGUCCCCGCGGCGCUGCCUGCGACUUCUGCCACCUGCCCCACGCCCAUGAGCGCAAGUGGCGGGGUGGCACCUAA